CGGUGGCUGGAGGAGCCGCGCUCAGCGCGGGGUCCUCCGCGGAGCUGGGUGCGCGCGAAGGGGGUCGCGGGGGUGUCGCCCAGGCCCCGGCCGGCGCCCGGGGCUCUUCGUUGCGCCGGUGUAAGCGGGCGACAUUGCAGCGAAGAGCGUUGACCCCGGACAGAUCCCCGGGGCGCAUCUCCCUUUGCGUUGUGCUUUCUGUGUCGGUAGCUUGCCAGAAUCGCUCGGCUGAGAGGGGGAGUCUGAAUGCUUUAGAUAAACGUUUUCGCAGAGCACCGGAUGGGGUUGCAAACAGACCCGGGGCGCAGUCUGGGAGUCCUUCUGGACUCAGGACUCCUGCUCGAGAGCAGGUUGCAGCUGUGGCCAGGAGGGCCUUUGCCCGGCGGCUUCCUAACCGCAGCUCAGCGGCAGAGCCAGAGCCCCGGGCCCUCCCCUGGCCGGGGCCACACUCAGGCCAGCUGGCUGCAGCAUCGGGACUGUAGGAGAGGAAGACGUGAAUAAUUUCAUGAGAAGUGGGCUCUUGCACGUAGCCAGCCGCACCAGUGCCAAAGGUACCUGCUGAUUAGAAAGCCUUGUGGACUGAAUGGAGCAGUGCCGUUCCCGCGCCAAGUUCUCUCCUGGCAUCCUGAAAUCCCAAAGAGAGUCUGCUGCAAGGAUUGAGCAGGGUCUGGCACUGUGGUCCCAGAUGAAACGGGGAGCCAGUCCUGUCACCACUGGAGGAGGAGGAGGAGGCGGCAGCAACAACAGCCGAAUGUCAGGGCUGGCAAGGGCCUUAUGUAGGAAACAGCAUUGUCUGCUGGGAAGCCAGAAACAACUUCUGGAGAUGGCUUUGUCUGGUGGGAGAAGUGAAAUGCUGGCCUGGGCCAGUGCUCAGAUCCACUGCCAGUUGCAUGCCAGCGAGAGCAGGGUGGCUCUGCCACCUUCAGAAGACACCAGCUACGAUGCCCAGGCGGAAAACGAGACCGUCUUUGUGCCCAACAGAGGAGAGCGGGGUCAGUGCAUCCUGUCGACCCCCCCAAAGAUCCUCUUCUGCGACUUGAGGCUGGAUCCCGGCGAGUCCAAAAGCUACUCCUACUGCGAGACGCUGCCGGUGGACGGGCCGCCCUCCUUCCGUGGCCAGGCAGUGAAGUAUGUCUACAAGCUGACCAUCGGCUGCCAGCGGGUGAAUUCUGCCAUCAAGCUCCUCCGGGUCCCCUUCCGAGUGCUGGUGCUCCAGGGGCUCGGAGACUACCCCUUCCCCCAGGAUGAGGCUGUCGCCCCCUCCAACCCGUUCUUGGAGGAGGAAGAAGGCAGCAUGAAGAAGUCUUCCCGGCUGGCAGACCUGGCCACAGAGCUCCUGACAGUUGCUACUUCGCGACGGAGUUUGCACUUGUUCAACAUCAGCAACGCCUGGGGCCGAGUGGCCACUUUCUGCAUCUUCAAGACCAUUUACAAGAUUGGGGAGGACGUGGUUGGGACGUUCAGCUUCUCCGAGGGGGAUACGCCAUGUCUGCAGUACCUGGUGAGCCUGCAGACGGAGGAGCGGGUCCAGGAGGCUUUCCAGCGCCGGAGGGGGCAGGCCGUGUCCUACAGCACCCACGCCCGGCACCAGGAAUCCUGCCUGCACACCUCCAGGACCAGCUUCAGCCUGCCCAUCCCCCUCAGCUCAGCCCCGGGAUUCAGCACCAACAUUGUGUCCCUCCAGUGGAGGCUCCACUUUGAGUUUGUCACCGCCCGAGACGUGGCAGAGGGGCCCGUGACCACCAAGGACCAGUCAGAAGCCGUCAGCUGGGCGGGAGUGGAGCAGAUGGAUGUAGAUACUUUCAGCUGGGACCUGCCCAUCAAGGUGCUGCCCACCAGCCCCCUCCUGGCCACCUCCGUCUCCCAGCUUCCUAGCUCCAGCUCGCUCACCAUCUGAGCAGCUGCACAAGUUCUUGGUGAGGGAGGACCACCGCACCUUCUUGGGCUGGCUGGUGGCUGAGGUCCAGUGUGCGUGUGUAGCCCUGGGAAGGCUUCUUCUCACGCUGCCUGAAGCCCCAGGACUCCAUCGUCUCCAGCAUAUCAGGGCUGUCGGCAGGACGUAGCAGGCAAGGCAUGGCAUCUUCCUGGUCCCCCUGCCCGUGGAGAACGUUGCCAGACCUGCGCCCCCACCCUGCACCUUAUGAAACGAUUGCAAGGCUGAAAUGGGAGGGGGGCUCUUUUUUGCUCGUCUGCCCCACCCAGCAUGCUGUUUUGUGUAUCGGUUAAAUAGUUCUUUAACUCCUAGCCUGUUUGUGUGCCCAUGGCAGUGCCCCCCUUCAGGACAAAGCCUGCCUGUCUUUGCCUGGCCUGGUUUUCUCAGGCGUGCCUGGAGGAGGGGCCUUGCCCUGCGACCUGAAAGUGGCACUCUGAGCGAGGCUUUGAUGUGGAGGUAGGAGCCCCAGGGACAGCCCUGCUGGGCAGGCCACAGCACACCUGACCACCCAGAUGCCCGCGGGGGCUUGCAGGCAGGAGACAGAGACAGCGCCCUCUUCCGCCCGCAACCCUGGCAACUGGUAUCGGGAGGCGAUGCCAGACCAAUGGCCCUCCUUGGGCUUGUUCUUGGAUUCAAACACCUGCCUGCGGUCCUGGUUGCUGCCCAGGAAAUGUGGCUCAGGAGUGGGGCAAAGGAGGCUGUGGGAUGGGGGAGGACAAGGAGAACAGACCGCGUGCUGUUCUUUUUGCCCUGGGGGAGGGGGAUGGAAGGGUGGUUGCGGUGCAGAAUGGGGCUGUUCUCCAUAUCACGGGUGCUGGGAGGGACCUGCUUAAGAAAGGAGGCGACACUUGGAGUUCAGCCACUUAAAAGUACACUGGGUCCUCUGGCGAGCAGGGGAAUACCCUUUCUACCUGGAAGUGUUUGCUUGAGCUGAACCAAGCCCAGUCCUGGCUUGGAGGUGGCAGUGGAAACUGGGCAUAGCCCAGGCCCUGUCCUUGCGUCAACUCUCAGCCUUGUGCCUCUACCUGCGGGCACUGCUGACCCUGGGGGUUGAGGCCUUCGAGACCUGGGCAGGGAGGGCCGGAUGGAGUCACUGGGGGUGAGCGGCAAGCAGGCUGCUCCUCUUGCAAGGCCGAUGCAGCAGAGGGGUCUUCCGGCUGGGUAGAUUGCUGCUGCUUCAGCCUGACACACACGUGCACAGAUAUGCUGAACCUGUGGCCUUGUGUGAUGUCCACGCCUCAGCCUCUCUUUUGGCUCCACCUGUCUGGCCAUGUUUUCAUCCCUCAGUCCAGCACUGGUUUCUCCCUUCGUGGAAAACCAAGUAAAAUGUCCCGGCCUGCCCACCCCCGCCACCCUUCCAGUGCCUGAGCUGUUCUCUCUGGCAUCUGGGGGUGAUAUGUAAAUGUUUCAGGUUUGUUUGCACAACUUGUGAAAAGAGAACAGUGGCUAGGGAUCGUCUAGUGGCUGCAUUUGCAGUGUGCAGAGUUAGAUGAGUAUUGACCUUGGCUGGAUUUUUUUAUGUCUCUUUUAAGUUCCGUUUCUCUUGCUCGCCAACCACAGGCAUCCCCCAGGCUCUGAGGCAAAUGGUACCCUUGGGCUGGGUUUCGGCCUGGAGAAGAGCAGUUGAUAGGCAGGGCCCCAGAAGUGGUGCCUCGGCAUGGGUGGAUCGCUGCCUAGCGAAGGUUGCGCUGUCAUGGCAAAUUUGUGGCUGCAGGGAUAAUGAACAGAUUGGCUUCCGGGGGUUAACACACUCCGUUGCAUUCCCAGUAACCUUGGAAGGGAUUUCUCGAAUCAGACCCCCCACCUCCCUCUCCCUCGCCCACUAGUGACUUGGUUGAGGCUGGAGGAACAGAAGGCCCAGCGCUUGAUACCAUAAGCAGUAUAGCCGUCCUCUUGGUGGAGGGAGCACCUCUGGGCGAGGAGGGCAGGCAGCUGGUGCCCCAGCAGUUCUGGUGGGCAGGAGGUGCUGUGGGCACCAUUCCAAAGCAGCAGGCUCCUCCCUGGCCCUUCAGUGCUGUUGGACGGAUGAUGCCGCUGUUGGCGGCAUUGGUUGGUAGACAAGUCCCAUCUGCCCUAAACUGCAAUUUGAAUUUCUGUUAACCCAGAUGUCCCUUUGGCAUCUAGGGGUCUGCUUGUUUCAUUGCCUGUGUCCCAAGGAAGAGUAGUCGGUCUUCAGAUCGGUUCAGCCAGGCCACUGCUCGUCUUGGGCCCUUCCCCACUUGUCUGGUAAGGGCCUCCAUUGACUCUGGUUUCUGAGGUUAUUAAUGCUACUCCGCAGUUCCCCUCCCCUCCCCAAUCUUAAAGGAAAUGAUUGCUGGGGCAGUGCUUGCGUAAGGCGUGAGGCACCUGUCCACAAUAUAGACUUUCGUAGCGAGCCGAACUAUUACUGAUAUUGUAGUAAUAUUCCCAAUGCGGAAUAUGCUUAUUUUAAGAGCAGUGGAAGUGCUCUGGGUUUAAUGUUAGAAUCUUUUUCUUCCUUGUAUUGUGUACUACGUGACUCUCCAACAACAUUGCCGAACCCCUUACAUCUUCCAGUCAACUCUUAUUUUGAUCAGUGCAGUUUGACUGGCCAUCCACUUUUUUAAUACGCAUACCUGGGAUAAAUUGCUCUGUAGACUCAGUUACUUCAUUUUACCUUUUUUAGGACAGAAAUUUUGGUAUGAUGAGUGUGACUUUCCUUGUGUAUUUAAGUGAGCAAUUGCCAAAUAAAUGGAAAUAAUUAUA